UCAUAUGAAUAAAGAAAGAAAGAGAGCAUCAAACUUUACUUUUUGUGGUUGCCCUAAUCUAAACUUUAAAUUUCUGUUAUCCAACGUCUUUAUGAUUUUCAUUUUAUUUAUCCCAGUGAACAAUUUUCAGAAACCACCUCUUCUCUUUCAUCCCUUUUUCUCGUGCUUUUUUCGCUUCCUCCUCUGAGCUUUACCUCAAGAAAAACCGCAAGGGAAAUAGAGAUAUAGCAGCUAAAACCCAUUUUAGCCGAAUUCAUCUUCUCGUUCCCUGCUCUCAAAGUAAAAGAUAGCAAAAGAGAGAAAAGAGAAAGAGAGAAAGAGAGAAAAGGAGAGGCUUAGCUACAUCCCUUGUAUUUCAAGACUCUUUCUUUCAGUGAAGAUGUUUGAUUCCUCAAGCUCAUCAUACACACUUGAAGUUUCUCAGAUUCCUGUCACUUUUCUCCCCUUUUGCCGAAAAUCCAUUAUUGUCUCCGAGCUUAAAACCUGUCGUCUUUGCUCCGAGUGUUUCCAAACUCAAUCUUCAUAGAACAUAUUCCAAGUUCCAACAAAACAUGGUCCCCUUGAUUCUUCUCACCCUGUUCUGUCUUCUGGGUUCCUACGCUUCUGCAUCCUCUUUGGCCAGUGACUUCCAUGUUUUAGCCUCACUCAAAGAAGAGUUUCAAUUCCCAGCCCCUGCUCUAAGUACUUGGACCACCUCAAAUUCAAGCUCAGUUUGUUCGUGGGUUGGAAUUCAGUGCCACCGUGGUCGAGUAGUGUCGUUGGACUUGACGGAUUUGAAUCUGUAUGGCUCAGUUUCUGCUUCAAUUUCGAGACUUGAUCGGCUCACCCACCUUUCACUUGCAGGAAACAAUUUCACAGGCAGCAUUGAGAUCACCAACUUGAGCAGCCUUCAAUAUCUCAACAUCUCGAACAACCAGUUCAGUGGUUCCCUGAAUUGGAACUACUUCACCAUGGAGAACUUGGAGGUUCUUGAUGCCUAUAACAACAACUUCACUGCCUUGCUUCCAUUGGGGGUUCUGACUUUGAAGAAGCUCAGACACUUGGAUCUUGGAGGGAACUUUUUCUAUGGCACAAUCCCAGAAAGCUAUGGAGAUUUAGUGGGGCUGGAAUAUCUCUCACUUGCAGGAAAUGAUCUGCGAGGGAAAAUCCCAGGUGCGUUAGGCAAUCUCAUUAACUUGAGAGAGAUUUACUUGGGCUAUUUCAACUCUUUUGAAGGUGGGAUUCCAAUGGAGUUGGGGAAGUUGGUAAAUUUAGUUCACAUGGAUCUUUCAAGCUGUGAUUUGGACGGUCCAAUUCCAAAAGAACUGGGAAACUUGAUAGAGCUUGACACUCUUUACUUGCAUAUCAAUCAGCUAUCUGGGUCCAUACCAAAACAACUAGGCAACUUGACCAAGUUGGUGUACCUUGAUCUUUCCAGAAACGCACUCACUGGGGAAAUCCCACUUGAGUUCAUCAAUCUCAGGGAGCUCAAGCUUUUCAAUCUCUUGGGGAACAGAUUGCAUGGGUCCAUACCAGACUACAUUGCAGAGUGGCCAAAUUUAGAGACACUUGCUCUGUGGAAGAAUAACUUCACAGGAGAAAUCCCCCAGGAUCUUGGUCAAAAUGGGAAGCUGCAAAAUGUUGAUUUGUCCUCUAACAAGCUCACUGGUAUAAUCCCACCUCACCUUUGUUCCUCAAACCAGCUUAGAAUCCUGAUUCUUCUUAACAAUUUCCUCUUUGGUCCCAUACCACAAAGUCUGGGAACUUGUUACAGUCUCACUAGAGUAAGGUUAGGACAGAACUACCUCAAUGGAAGCAUUCCCGAUGGUUUCCUUUACCUUCCUAACCUAAAUUUUGCGGAGUUGCAGAACAACUACUUGUCAGGAACUUUGUCAGAGAAUGGCAAUAGCUCCUCUCAGCCCGUUAACUUAGGGCAGCUCAAUUUGUCAAAUAACAGCUUAUCUGGUCCUUUACCGGAUUCGCUCUCAAAUUUCUCUUCCAUUCAGAUGCUUUCGCUCAGUGGAAACCAAUUCUCCGGUCCAAUCCCUUCUUCCAUUGGACAACUCCAUCAAGUUCUAAGGCUUGACCUUAGCAGGAACUCAUUUUCAGGAGAGAUUCCACCUGAAAUUGGAAACUGUUUCCAUCUCACUUAUCUUGACAUGAGCCAGAACAACCUAUCCGGAUCAAUCCCAAAUGAGAUAUCCAAUAUCCGCAUUCUGAAUUAUCUGAACUUGUCAAGAAACCAUUUGAACGAAACCAUGCCAAAGUCAAUUGGCACCAUGAAGAGUCUCACUACUGCAGAUUUCUCUUUCAAUGAUUUCUCGGGCAAAUUGCCAGAAACAGGGCAGUUCGCCUUCUUCAAUGCCUCAGCUUUCGCCGGUAACCCUCAACUCUGCGGUUCUCUCCUGAACAACCCUUGCAACUUCACCGCAAUCACAAACCCUCCAGGGAAAAGCUCUGCAGAUUUCAAGCUCAUCUUCGCACUUGGCCUUCUAAUUUGCUCCUUAGUGUUCGCCGUCGCAGCCAUAAUCAAAGCCAAAUCGUUCAGAAAGAACGGCCCCGGUUCAUGGAAAAUGACGGCAUUUCAGAAACUCGAGUUCACAGUCUCCGACAUCCUCGAAUGCGUCAAAGACGGCAAUGUGAUCGGAAGAGGCGGCGCCGGCAUCGUUUACCACGGGAAAAUGCCAAACGGAGUUGAAAUCGCAGUGAAGAAGCUUCUAGGAUUUGGCGCCAACAGUCACGACCAUGGCUUCCGAGCCGAGAUUCAAACCCUAGGCAACAUCAGACACAGAAACAUCGUGAGAUUGCUCGCGUUCUGCUCCAACAGAGAAACAAAUCUCCUGGUGUACGAAUACAUGCGAAACGGCAGCUUGGGCGAGGCACUGCACGGGAAAAAGGGAUCAUUUCUUGGGUGGAAUUUAAGGUACAAGAUCGCGAUCGAUGCGGCAAAGGGUCUGUGCUAUCUCCACCACGAUUGCUCGCCGUUGAUCGUUCACCGAGACGUGAAAUCGAACAACAUUCUCUUGAAUUCGAGCUUUGAAGCACAUGUGGCCGAUUUCGGACUCGCCAAGUUCUUGAUCGAUAGCGGGAAUUCCGAGUACAUGUCCACCAUUGCAGGCUCUUAUGGCUACAUCGCUCCCGAAUAUGCUUACACGCUACGAGUAGAUGAGAAGAGUGAUGUUUAUAGUUUUGGAGUUGUAUUAUUAGAGUUAAUAACAGGGCGACGACCGGUCGGAGAUUUGGGAGAUGGUGUUGACUUAGUGCAAUGGUGCAAGAAGGCAACAAAUGGACGGAAAGAAGAAGUUAUGAACAUUAUUGACAUGAAGCUCUCUGUGCCUGCAAAGGAAGAAGUGAUGCAUAUGUUAUUCAUUGCCUUGUUGUGUUUGCAAGAUAAUAGUGUUGUGAGGCCAACAAUGAGAGAAGUGGUUCAGAUGCUCUCCGAAUUUCCUCGUCCUGCGGCCUCACAAUAUGAAAAUAACAAAAAAAGCAAUAACAACAGCAACAGCAGCAACAACAACGAUAACAACAGUCAGACAUCAUCCUCAUAUUCUAAGAAUAUUAUUCCUCCAAGUAGCAAAAGCCUUGAGAAACAAAACCCUUGUCCUCCCACUUUCAAACAAGACCUUUUGGCUUGAGAAACUUGAACCCUUUUGAUUUCUCUAAUAUUCUUUAGGGCAUAUAAUCUAUUAAUGCUGUUAAUGUUCUUUUGCUUAAAGUCAUAAUUUCUAUGUUCUUUUUGUUCUGGGGGUUAGAUUUAUUAAUUUUAGGGACAUAUAUAGAGGUUUUGCUGAUUAAAAAGAGGUGUAGGAAUAAAUGGAUGAUGGUGUUCAUAACUCUUUCAAAAAAGGGCUGGCACUGUGAAAUUAGGUUGAGGCUCAAAGUCUUAGUUUCAAGUUCUUGCAUGAUCUUCAUUUGUAAUUAUAUAUGUUUUAUGUAUAAUAUAUUUUUAUAGAUAGAUAUCUUAAAU